ACCCAGGGACGCUAAAGAAAUGAGAAAGGUGGACGUGUAAACCUUCGAAGUGCCUCCUUUUCACUGCAACUACAUUUUCAGUCGCUUCCUGGUCAUUACGGUAAAAACCCGAAUAUACGCGCACGUCAGUUUGAACAGCCGUUGCCUUGAGCGCGCGGGCUGCAGGUGUCAUAGCAACCACUCCAAACACCGCAGAAGGGAAGGCCUGAGCACAGUGAACAGUGCUAAUGAAGCGCGAUCAUGUCAACACCGCGGGAACAAGAGGCAGCAAAAUACCUCGAAAAUCACAAAAUCUUAGAACUAAUGAACAACUUAACUAGCAUGCUCUUAUUUUACAGACCAGAACAUCCAAGGGAAUACCUGAUUUCCCAACUUGAGCAAAUGCAGGUAUCCAAAUUUCAGGCAGCUGCUAGUCCAUGUUUGUUUGAUGAUUCCAACCUGGAUGCAGUGUGUGGUAUCCUAGAUCCUACAAACCAAGGGUACAUCUCUUACAACCAAUAUAGAGAGGCACUGAAAACACUUGGUAUCCAGCAUUUCAAUGAAUGGCCUGAGGGUCCUGGAAAUGACAGGAUAUCACACGAGACAUUCAAACGAGAAGCGAAGGAGUGCCUUCUGAAAAAUGCAGCCACAUUCCAGAUGUAAUUAUUUAACCAUUAUUACUGUCUAAUUAUUUUCUAAGCCUAAUAAAUGUGGUGUGUUUAA